AUGCUGGGAGCUGGGGGAAGAGAGGAGCGGCCGUGGCUUGGCGCCUCGGCGCUCCCUGCCCACUGCGUCUCCCUGCUCCCAGACUUCCUCCCGCUGAAGUGCGACGCCUGCGAGCGGAUCUUCUGCACCGACCACGUCGCUUACGCCCAGCACGACUGCACCUCUGCCUACAAGAAGGACGUGCAGGUGCCUGUGUGUCCCCUCUGCAACACCCCGGUCCCCGUGAGGCGGGGAGAGAUGCCCGAUGUCGUGGUGGGUGAGCACAUUGACCGCGACUGCAAGUCCGACCCCGCGCAGCGCAAGCGCAAGAUAUUCACCAACAAGUGUAUGAAGCCCGGCUGCAAGCAGAAGGAGAUGAUGAAGGUGAUCUGUGACCAGUGCCACAAGAACUACUGCCUCAAGCACCGGCACCCCCUGGACCACGACUGCAGCGGGGCAGGGCGUCCCCUCUCCAAAGCAGGGCACGCUGCAGUGGCGAGAGCCCAGGCAUCCUCCUCCAAAACAGUCACCGCAUUGAGCAGCGGAGCUGCCCGGCCAGCGGACAGCCCCUCUUCUCCAGCCUCUGCCAGAGGAGGCAGAGCAGCUGCGCCGCAGGCUCCCAGCACCUCCCCUCCAGCUGUCAUGCUGCAGAACGGGCUGAGCGAGGAAGAGGCCCUGCAGCGAGCUCUGGAGAUGUCCCUGGCAGAGUCAGCACGCAGCUCGGCGCAUCCACCCAGCACGCAGGAGGAGGAGGAUCUGGCACUGGCCCAGGCGCUGUCAGCGAGCGAAGCCGAGUACCAGCAGUCGCAGCGGCAGGCGCACGGUUCAAAGCCAUCAAACUGCAGCAUGUCGUAG